UGGAACACACAAACCCUCCACCAUGAUAAGGUGACAGCUCAAGGUGCUUUGUUUUCAAAUAUCCUUUGCUCUUUGUUUUUAAAUGUUUUUAGUCAUGUAAAGCACAUUGAGUUAAUUGUGUGUAAAAUUCACUAUAUAAAUAAAUUUGACUUGUCUUGCCUCACAACAUGGUUGCAGUAUCUUGUACUUCUUUUGCUGUGGCAUGCUCAUAUACAAGUAAAGUACUUUCCUUGUUGCACAUUGUUUUACACUGAACAAUAGUAUUUACAAUACAAUUAAAAUAUUGUAUUUAUUUUAGUCAGAUUGUAAUCAUGGGGGAAUCUCACAUAUGAGGUAGCAUUAGCCAAAAACCUGCCAAAUAUUUAUUUUAGACUACAGUAUAUUGUUAAAAUCAGAUUCUUGACAGAUUCCCAAUUUCAACAAAAAAGCUUUCUAAAUGUGCUCAAACGUCAGAAAAACUGAUUGGACUUUCAACGAUCAGAGAGCACCUUGACCUUACGUGCAUGUGAUUAUUUUGAAAAGAAUGAAUGAAUCAUCAUUGUUAUUAUCAUCAUUACCUUUAUUCGAUCAUUGGCCAGGAUAAAUCACAGAGUUCUACGACUUCUACUUUUUUACUGAAAUUUAAGUUACCAAAUAUGGUCACUUGCUCUAUAAAAGACCUGCUUCAUGAAGACAUCAUGAGAGGAUUGAAUGAUGGCCUAAUGACAAUGACAGCAUACUGUUUUACAAUUACACUUGACAUUACUUUCAAAGUUUUCUAAGUGGUCAUUCAAUUUUUUUACAUAUUUUAUUGCUUACGAUAUGUUCUUGCAUGGUAGGUAAUUGUUGUUAUUAUUAUUAUAUCACCAAAGCUUAAAUUAAUGAAGUCUUUGUAAAACAGACACAUAUCAAACAUGAUGUUGCUAUAAUUGUUUGAUCUGGCAAAAUUGUCCAUCCAUCCAUCCAUUCACAUUCACACCUACGGAGAGGUUUGAGUAUUCAAUUAACCUAGUAUGCAAGCUUUUGGAAUGUGGGCAGAAACCAGAGUUCCUGGAGAAAACUCACAAUGGCAUGUUGAGAACAUACAAACUCCACACAGAGAUGUUUCAAAGGAGAUUUGAAGCAGACUUGCUGACCACUACCUCACUGUGCUGCCUUGGUAAGAUAUGAAGAUAUAUAAUAUGACAGUUACUGUUUACAGUUACAGUUACUUACGCAGAGUAAAUGAGUGCAUCAGAACGAGAAUAUACUGUACAGUACUUGGAGGAACACACAAAUUAACUUUUUUUUCAAGCAGCAACAUUAAUACAUGGAGCACAGACAUCAAUUCAACAUUAGCAGUAUUUUUAAGGGUAAUUAAGUGGGUUAGUACAACCUAGACAUUGUGUGUGAGGUGAUGCUGACAGCAGGCAACAAUGUGGAAAAAGUCAUUAUAACCAGGCUAUUAAGCAAAGGCCUUUGGGGCAUUUGAGCUGUACUGGUGAACUCAUCAAGGCAGAACAAGAAAAGAAACAGUUUUAUACAAUUAAAUGUACCCAAAAGGCUUUUAGAUAAUCAUCUGCUGCAUCCAAACUAGAUUAAAGGACAAAAUAAUAAUUAAAAAAAAGCUUAUAACACAUUUUUAAAAUUGAAAACAUCUUCCAUUUUCACCACCUUUCACAUGUUUCACUGAUAAAGAAAUUAAACACUGUGUUUUUCUUUUUUUUAACCUUUCAUCAGGAACAGGAAGCAUGUGUAUUGUCUUGAAUGAGUGUGGAUUUGACAUGAAUUUAAGUUGUGUUCAGGGGUGUAUUGGCCACCUAAUGAAAGAAAAGGAAAAAUAAGUAAUAGAGGUACAAAAAAAGUUGGAUUCAGGUGUAUCUGUGGUAAAAUCCUGAACCAAACUUUCUGUAAAGACUAUUUAAUGUGGUAAAUAAAUUUAUCCAGGGUGUAAUAUCCAUCCAUCCAUCCAUCCAUUAUCUGAGCCGCUUAUCCUCACUCGGGUCGCGGGAGCGCUGGAGCCUAUCCCAGCUAUCAUCGGGCAGGACGCGGGGUACACCCUGAACUGGUUGCCAGCCAACCGCAGGGCACAUAUAAACAAAACAACCAUUCACACUCACAUUCACACCUACGGGCAAUGUAGAGUCUUCAAUUAAUCUACCAUGCAUGUUUUUGGGAUGUGGGAGGAAACUGGAGUGCCCUGAGAAAACCCACACAGGCACGGGGAGAACAUGCAAACUCCACACAGGCGGGGCUGGGGAUUGAACCCCGGUCCUCAGAACUGUGAGGCAGACGCUCUAACCAGUCCCCCAGGGGGUAAUAAAUAUCUCAAUUUUCAUUUCCUAAAAUUACUACGUCUUAAGAAACAGAUUAUAGCCGUACUGUAUUUGUAAAAAAAACUUUGUGUGCAAUCUCUACAUUUUCCUAUUCUCUCACUCUUGGCAUUAGAGGCACCAUUUUUAUCCCCUAAGGAUCCCUUGUAAUAAGUCUUAUCGUCUAUGUCAAAUACAUACUCUAAGCAGAUGUAUACAGAAUGUGAACAUUUACAUUCACUUGGCAAACAAUGAAUGACAAUUGAGUGUUGAGGCACCAUAUACAAGUCCUCAUUAAAUAUAAAGUGCGAACAUGGUAUUGUAAUUUAUUUAUAUGGCGAUGCUCUCAGAUUUGGGAAUGAAUCUCUUAAGCCCUGUCUGCACAAGGACAUCCAUUUUCCCUUGAGAGAAAGACUUAUAAUUUAGAGGGACUGCCUUGUUUUUUCUGUCACUGAAUUUCUGCAUCAAACACAUUGGCCUUGAAUGAGAUAAAGAACGUGCUAUGUAAUUAGCCAUUGCACAACUGGAUAUUUCAUAGACCUAAAUCUUGAAAACGUCCAUUCAUUUCAUUUUUAGGGUUUUCUUUUUUAAGAAGAACAUGCAGCUGAUUUCCUUCAAUACUGAUAUCUUAUUGAGUUUGUCAUACGAGAUGAUCAAGCUCAGUCAAUAAGAAGAACAAAAGUCAUCUCAAGGCACUACAUAUCACUGGAGAAUCUUUGCAUCUCCAAAACCAUCACUUCUCAGCAAAACAAAAAUUGGAUGUUUGUUGAGCCAUUAACAUUGCAUUGUCAAAGAGAGCAAACCAAUUUCAACACUUUAGAGUGGUGAAUAAUUUGUAAAAAUGACAGACACGUGGGGACUGACCAAUGUUAUGAACCUGUGAAAAAAUAGGUAAUUGACCAAAUUUGGACAUAGGAGUUUUCCGCCCGAAAGUGAUGAUACUGGUAUGCAGCACGUCUCGAAGCAAACUCCUCACACAUGAACACAUAUUAAACAUGAACCCAAAAUGGACCCCACUUGAGCAAGCACUGUACCAGUCAACACAGCUUUUGCUGACCUAAAUUUGUUUCCUAAUAAUUAGUAGGAUUUCUUUGUUUCUUUAUAUGAGAAAAUAAACCCGUGUUUAAGUUUUUCCUGCCUAAAAGCUUACCUCGCACUUGGGUCCACCAUACCUUGAUACUACAGCUACGGUGACAAGUAUAUUAUAAUUUAUAUUAGUCAUUACCCCCCACCCCCUUCUUUUAUAUUUCUGCACACACACAAUUUCAUUGUCUUUUAUUAGUAUGAUUACCUACCUCCCCCUCCUGUCCCUCCGUGCGCUGCUCUUCUCCUUUUUUCUUGGCAGCUUCUCCUCGUGCUCAUCUCCAUCCAAUCUCUCCUGCGGGCUGCAACUCCAGCAUCUCAUCAGCAUCAAUGUCUCAGGCAUUUGGGCAGAUAUUCUGCUGCCCCAAACCCAUUUGGAUGUAUUGAAGGGUCAGAUGGUGGUUCUGAAGGCUUCAUACAACACAGUCCCUGGUAGCGACCUGAGCACAAACACCAUCCUCUGGAACCUUGUUUCCAACAACACUCAGCUGAUCAUUUCUUACACCAAGGGCUCCAUCAGCGUGGGGAGUUCCCAGUUUAAGGGCCGAGUUGGGUUCACCUCUAGCAUGCCCUCUAGUGAUGUGUCUCUGUUCGUCAACAACACCCAGGAGUCAGAUUCAGGACGUUACCUCUGCCAAGUCAUCAUCCCAGAUAACCCUGGCCUCACUGCUCAGCUCAGCCUGGAUGUCAAAGUGCCUCCUGCUGUCCCAAAGUGCACUUUAUCAGGGAAACCAGUGCUGAAAGGAAAUGUGACACUGAGCUGCAAGUCUGACAGCGGGAAGCCAAUUCCAUUGUAUAAGUGGACGAAAACCAGUCCCCUCUCUGAGGUCUUCUUCUCACCCAUGCUCAAUGAGAAGACAGGCAAUCUGAAGCUGAGUAACCUGAGCAGUAACAUGUCAGGGAAGUACGUGUGCACUGCCAGCAACACAGCCGGAAUCGAAAGCUGCUUCAUCAACCUAGAGAUAUCCUCCUCCAAUAAGGUUGGGGUGAUUGUCGGCGCCACUGUGGGCACAGUGGUUGGCUUCCUCUGCCUUUUACUCAUUUGUGUGUUUUUCCUGAUGAAGAGACAACGGGAGAACGAAGAGGACAUGGCAAAUGAAAUCAAAGAGGAUGCUCAGGCUCCCAAACGUGUGUCCUGGGCUAAAAGCGGAAUGGGUUCAGAUAUCAUCUCCAAGAAUGGUACCUUGUCCUCCAUCGCCUCCAGCCCACAACACAGAGAGCCCUCACACCAAGAAAACAGCCACCACCCUUUGCAGCACUACCCCCAGCGCCCUCCCUCCGACACAGCCUCCAUCAUCACAGCCACCGGCAGCACAGCCGGCUACCGUCCGUCGCGCCAUCAAGGAGCCUCCACCCCGACCCACUAUAGCUACAACAACAACACCACCCUACCACGUGACCAGCCUGUCUCUUUGGAGGCCAACACCAAUGGCGGCUCCCAACCCAGACCAGAGCGUUACACCCAGCUUCCACAAGCCCAGAUGCUCCAGCAGACCUAUAGCCAUCCUCAGCUACAGCUUCAGCCCACUCCACCCCCUCCGCCAUUUGCCUCCUCCACACUCACAGGCUCCAACAUCACCCGCAUGGGCGGGGUGCCCAUUAUGGUGCCUGCGCAGAACCAGGCUGGAUCACUUGUCUAACAACAGCCAUUACUUGCAACACUAUGCUGGUAACUGUGGAAUAAUGUCCCUUUACUUUCCUGGAAGGGUUCAUCUGAAGUUCUUUUUAAUGGAGCACCUGGUUAUUAUUAUUGAGCAAAGAAUUCAAGUAGUUAAAAUUUUCAAGAUUUUAGGACUCACUCCUUGUUUAAGGUAUAUAUAUAUAUUUUUUUAUAUUCUUUAUGCACUCUAUGGCUACAUUGCAAAUGUUUCAAUUCUUCAUUGUUCAAUCUUUUGUACCUUACAAUUGUUACGUUUUUUUUUAUUAUUGUCAUUCGAUUUCAACAGCUUUGAUUUGUUACACUUUCUUUCAUUAUCUUUUUUUUGCCUUUUGUUUAUAAAUAUAUUACACUCUUAGACAAUUAUCUUAAUACAUUCAUUUAGCUACAUAAGCAGUGCACUAUUUGGAAUUGAUUGAUCGUAACUUGACACAAGCACGCGUUCAUGUUUAAUUAGCAUUUUGGCUUCAGAGGCUCCAGCUCCAAUCGUGAAGUGUACUUUACUUUUAAAGCACGUUCGUGAAUACAAAUCAACCGUGGUAGAGGUGCAUUUCUUAACUGAAAAAGUGAUGGUCAGAAACUAAAGAAGCCAAUUCAUUAAAUGGAAAAACUAACACAAAUAAAUCUUGCAGGCAUUAAAACAUGUCUGACUAGUUAACAUGCAGCAAAGUUGAACAAUUAUAUUACCCUUAACAUAAUUUCAGUUAUUUUAAGUUCAAAAAUAUAACAUAAUGUAUUAAGUUGCAUUGAUUCAGUUUCAAGCAGCACAAGAUAUGUAAAUAUGGUAUUUAUUUAUUUUUUUAUUAUUAUUACAAUGCGCAAAGCAAUAGUAUGUGGGUAUAACCUCAGAUUAUGUGUUAAAUUAUUUCUGCCUUGAACACUGGAUACUGAACCAAAGAAAAACAGUAUGCAUACUUUACAUUCUUAACAUACUUCAUUUUAAUUUCCUGUUCAGUUUGGUAUAAAAUAAUUGAAAUAAGUAAUUCUCAUCUAGUAAACAAAAAUGUAUGAAAGAUGUACAGUAUUAUGUAAAAUGAUCUGGAAUGCUGUAUUGUCAUUACACUGGAGCAAAUAGUCAUGUUCUGAUACUGUAUUCUAUUUUUUUUGUGGCUUGGAGAUAAAGAAAAACAGUUGUUUUUUUUAAAGGAUAACAAAAAUGGGCAUUGAACUGACCCCUUCUGAAAGUGAAAACAUCAUGUUAGUUGUAUCUCAAAGCUGUGGUGUUAUGCAAAAAUGAAAGAAAGAAAAAAAAGAUUCAUCAUUGCUUUAUCACGUUCGAUGAGAAUAACUCAUUUGAUUAUAAAUACAGCUACAAUUCACCAAGGUCAGUAUUUGAAAUUCUAAUUUGUGCAUUAUGAACAAUAGAAUUUAAAAUAUCUCCAAAGUCUUUACUUUUAAAAAAUACAGUAUAAAGUGCACCACAUAUGAAUAUUCAAUGUUUUUUUGUUUGUUAGUUUGAAUUGAAGUGCUAUCCAAUAAGAUGGACGAUACUAAAUACUGUGGACAAACUGGUGGCCAAAUGUGCUUAUUUCUACUGGUGGUUUCAGUUUCAGACAUAGAUGUGCACUUGUAUCUUCUAUAACCAUGUUAAUAAAAAUGCUUUGUAUGAUAUUUUCAAUUAAAAAUUAUACGAGAA